UUAAAUAACGAAUUAAUUUCGCCAAAAUUCUAAUUGAUUAUUAAACCAUGGACUUUACCUAUGUAGAGUUUCCAUCGACGGUAAAUUUCAACACCUUUAAAGCGUAUUAUGAACUCCACAAAUGUAAACUACCAAACAUUCAUGGCAAAUCAUUAAAUUAUACGGAAGACUUGGAAACAAAUACAAAUCAAAUAAAAACCCUAAGACAUUUAGUAUUGGAUACAAUACUCGACAAUUGGAGUGACAAUCCCAUAUUUAAAGAAAUAGAACGUCAAGAGGACCGUAACUAUAUUUUAAGUAACUUGAAUGUAAAUCUUCCUCUAAAGAUUUUAAGCUCAUACAUACAAGAUGAUUUCUUUUGGCGUAAAAGCUAUCAACACCGUUGGAAGACACUUUAUUACAUGUCGUACACAUAUCAAACCCAACCACCAACCAUAUCAACAUUCAGUCCCCGCGCCUCACCAACUACAACAAAACCUUUACAACAACAGCAGUAUGCUGUUGUGAAGGAAAAAUGUAAAAAAACAAAACCUUGGAUUAACAUUUACAUGGAACGACAUCUGCAAGAGUUUAUUGAAAAUUUAACAACAACUGACUACGACCAGGAGAGAGUGCAGGCGACAUUGGACAUUUGUGCAAUGUAUAUAAAUCAAUUGGAGAUAAACUACCUUCAGCCUAGCAUGGAUGGGCAAAAUGAUCACAUUCCACUUGAUUUCAUUUUGAGAAAUCUACCGGAAUUGCAUACAUUACGUUUGACAUAUUGUACCAAGACUAUAGGCACGCACUACUAUCUGGGCUGUAAUAUGUUAUCGCGCUGUGAUGCUUCACUACUUGCUCGAGGACUACAGCAGUGUCAUGAAUUGGUAAAUUUUUGUUUACACAAUACAAAAUUGGAACCCUAUCAGUUGGGAUUAUUUGCUUAUAGUUUAGAUAAGGGUUGUCAUUACCUGUCCGCUUUGUCCUUGGAACACUGUAGUUUGGGUGAUGAAGGUAUACGUGAGUUUUUAAGCUCUUGUAAUAAGGAAUCGUUUGGAACAUUGAAAUAUUUAGAUUUAACUAAUAAUAAAAUAACUACCAACUUAAAGAUUAAACCUUCAAAAGAUUCAAUUGAAGUAGUAUAA